UUAGACACUAACAACAUCUUGGUUACUGAAGGCGGUUAAACGUCAUCAUGUACUGGGUCCUGUUAUCUGUGGACCUGCAUCACAGAUCUGGGUGUGAUUUCAUACCACAAGUCUAUGUACGGUCCUGCCUUCAUAGUUGUUUAACCAGCACAGUGAGCAGUUGGUAUGAUAUCCGCAAGUUGAACUUGAUCUUAUCAGACACGUUUGAAGCCCUUUGAGGCCUUCUGUGUGGAUGAUGAAUAGUUAUUAAAUAGUGCAAUAGAAACGUCCGGGAAGCAUCUCCACACCUUUCCCCUCCUUGAGAAUGAGAGGGUCUAUGAAUCUGCGUCUAGGAAAAAACACCCUGCCCCUCGUCCAAAGUUAACAGAGACAACAGCGCCCUGUGACCGUAAAUACGCAGCUCAUAUAAAAUCAGAGUCUGGGAGGAGUUUGACCUCGCAGGGGAACUGGUCCAACUGGUUGGUUCAGAAUUUCCUUGUUACGAGUCGAACGGUUUGGUGUGGCUCACUUCAUCACAGCAGGAAGACGACGAAGGAAUGGCCUCUGCUACUUCCGGGUCUGAGGAGGUCUCCUCCUGUUCCAUCUGUCUGGAUGUGUUCAACAGCCCAGUCACCACACCAUGUGGGCACAACUUCUGCAGAACCUGUAUAACAACAUUCUGGGAUGACCAAGUCCAGUACAAAUGUCCUGUUUGCAACGAGCUGUUCCACACAAGACCUGAUUUACGGGUCAAUACCCUCUUUUCAGAGAUGGUUGAUCGGUUAGGAAGGACUGUUCGAGUCAAAGAGCCGCCUUGUGUUGAACCAGGAGAGGUUCCCUGUGACGUCUGUACUGGGACCCAGCAGAAGGCCGUGAAGUCCUGCCUAGGGUGUUAUACCUCUUUCUGCCAAGCCCACCUGGAUCCAUAUCAGAGAGUCGCUGGCCUGCAGAAACAUCAGCUGGUCGACCCUUUGGACAGACUGGAAGACAGGGUGUGUAAGAAACACAACAGACUUCUGGAGCUCUUCUGUCAGACUGACCAGGUGUGUGUGUGUUUGUUGUGCACAACCACGGACCACAAGUCCCAUCCUGUUGGACUGGACGAAGGUGGAGUUUCGUCCUCCGUCAUACGUAGGGACACUGAACAAGGAGAUGAAGAAGCUGGUUGUCCAAGAGCCAACGCUAAAGAAGUGUAA